AUGCACAGGCAUACCAUGUAUGCUUACAUUCCAAAGAAGUUGUCCAUGACAACAGGGAUUGCUGUCGAUCACCGUCGUAAGAAUCAAUCAUUGGAAGGGCUUCAAGCCAAUGUUCAAAGAUUGAAAGAAUAUAAGGCCAAGCUGGUUAUUUUCCCAAGGCGACCUGGCAAAUUCAAGAAUGGAGAUUCUAGUGCAGUGGAGCUGGCCUCAGCUACCCAGGUCCAGGGUCCAUACAUGCCCAUCACUCUUGAGAAGCCAACAGUUGAGUUUGUUAAGGUGACCGAGGCAAUGAAGUCAUUCAACACAUAUCAGAAGCUUUGCUUGGAACGGAUGAAUGAGCGUCACAUGGGAGUAAGGUUGAAGAAGGCUGCUGAAGCCGAGAAGGAAGAGAAGAAAUAGAAGAGACAUAGGUACGUCACUUUUAAAAGUAUCCAGAGAGAAAUGAUGCUAUUCUUCUGCUUUCCAGUUUGCAGGGGGAUGUUGGUUUUCAAAUGUCUGCAAGUACUUAUUUUAGCUUGUUUGAGAAAGUUUUGCCAUUUUAGCUUU